CAGGGUGAGGAGGGACGAUAACUUCCCCCGAGAGCCAACCGUCCGUACGCGGUUGAGUUCCACUCUUGCUGUAAUACCUAACAGUACAUUUUGUGUGCGAGCGUGGGCGCGCGCGUGCUCAAAUUUGGUGUUCUUUUGUGCAAGGUCGUGGCAUGGGUCUCUAAGGCAGGACAGUGGAUGAAGUCUGCCCCGGCCCCACAUCGGCCUUUCAUUGCGAUACAAGUCUUUCUGACUGGUUCCCAGCACCGGAAAUGGAGUUGCAGCCCUUACUGCCAUCACGAGCAUCCAGCACUGGUCGUGAAAAUGAUCCCGAAGGCAGGACAGUGAACAUACGAUUGCCAUCCGAUAGGCCCAAAGCGCCACCCGAUAGGCCCAAAGCGACACCCAGAAGUGGUCGCAACAUGGACAAAGAAUCGGACGAGGAAUCCCUCGUUUCAACCAACGACGAUGUGUGGAUCAAUUUAGUUAGACGUACAGUAAAUUUAGCAGAAUGUAUGGACCAUCUCGAGGGACGAUGCACCAUCUUCAAGGUCCCCGAGCACAUCCGACAGUUGGAUCCUAAAGCAUACGAACCAGCGAUUGCUUUCCUCGGACCUUUUCACCACAACAGCCACGGGAGUUCCUCCAUGAACUACCACAAGUUGCGGUGUGUCCGGCACCUUCUAUCGCGUCACCGAAGCCCGGAGCAUGCAAGUCAAUUGUUGAACCUGUGCUUGUUCGAGUUGAAGCAACAGGAUGAGAAGGUCCGGAGCUGCUACUCUCAGGAAUUCUCCGCACUGAAUGCCUCAGAUAUGGCAUUGAUCAUGUUGCUUGAUGGGUGCUUCAUCAUUUAUCUCAUGCUAAAAAUGUGUCCCAGGAUGGAAUCAUUGAAGCCAAGAAGGAGACUAGAUAAUAUGAGGGAGACGAGGGAAGGGGAGGUUGCUUUAAAUAUCGGCGAGAAGGAUGAACAGCUUGAGGGCCCAACUGUGGCAGGGCUGUUCACUAUUAGUUUAGUGGUUUUUGAUCUGCUAAAGCUUGAGAACCAAAUUCCUUUCUUCGUCAUCCAAUUGCUAUUUGAUCAUCUCAAAGCAUACAAGGAUGGACAGAUUAAUCUUGUUGACCUUGCUCUCCAGCUUUUCAAGAGCAUCCAUCCCGAGGAAUCCGAAUCAUUCAAGAAGUCCAAGAAGAAGUCCCCCGGUGAAUACCAUCAUCUGCUCCAUCUAUUUUAUUCAUCUCGGAUCCCUUCAGAAAAGCCAGCGGAGUAUACAUCUGCACCAGGGGAAGUUGCUCCUUCACAAGGGUCUCCGACAUCUGCACCGACUUCACGAGGGUCUUCGACAUCUGCACCCAAGUGGAUUCCUAGUGCGACGAAGCUCGACAGGGCUGGGGUGAAGUUCGAGGGGAAGGAACAAGCAGACAGUUUCUUGAACAUCAAAUUCCAGAUAAGGAGUGGGAUUAGGAGUGGGCGGAUGGAGAUACCACCACUGCAAAUCCAUGACUAUACCCGUCCUCUCUUCCGAAACCUCAUAGCUUUCGAACAGUGCUAUUUCGACACUGAGAUGUACAUUACGAUAUACGCACUCUUUAUGGACUGCAUCAUCGACCAGGCUGGGGACGUGCGGUUGCUCCACUUGGAAGGCAUACUGGAACAUAAGCUAAACAAUGAACAAGCAGUGGCAGAACUCUUCAAUCAGCUGGGCAGUCAGCUACACUAUGCUUGGGAAAAGAACUACCUUGCAAAUGAGAUUGAGGUAGUAAACAGCUUUUAUGAAGUCAAAUGGCCCGAAUGGUUUGCUGAUUUGAGGCGAGACUAUUUUGGCAACCCAUGGGCUACAAUUUCAGUGUUGGCAGCGGCCCUUCUUCUCUUGCUGACCGUCGUGCAGACAGUAUUUUCCGUAUUGUCCUAUGUUCACUCUCCAUCUACAAAGUUAAAAUAGGCGACAGAUAUUAUGGAAGGGUGAGUGGAUAAGAAAGGAUUCCCUCCAAACAUGGAUACUGGAGAAUUUCAUUUAUCUGGGGAGCAUAGAAACUAGACGGUUAACUGUGGUUGUUAGGUAGUAUUGAUAAAUGUGGUUGGCUAUGCUGUUGACCUCAUAAAAAAUAAUUUGCUUGGACAGAUCAUUGUUGGUUUGUAAUUUUCUUCGAAGUUAGCUAUUGGAUCUAAUGUUGUUGUGUCA